AUGUCUGUAGUUGAUAAAGGGGAUUGGAAUGAGAUGAAACAGGUUAAGGGUGGUUUUGUAUAUACAAGCUCAAAAGGAGGUCAGGAAACACCAAAUACAACAAUAGAAGAAAAUUGGGAAAGUCAAAGUAAAAAAUCGGUUGAAGAAGGUUGUAAGGUUAUGAAAAAGCCCAAUGAAAGGAGUUUUGCCCAGGAGCUAAAGGAGAAUAAUAACUUGGAGAAUGGUUUAAAAGAGUUUGAAAAUAAUAUCCUGAGGGUUCCUGAAAGUCCUGAAAAACUCUGCCUUUAUGGUAACACAAACCUUGCUAAUCUCUAUCUUGCUAAAUCAAGCCCAAAGUCUCAGUAUCAUUACCUGAAGUUCUACUCUGAAGUCAUCUAUCCAGGUCUGCAGUUCUUUACUGACAUUAUAAGAACAGAGGAAGAGUUGCAAAGAUUCUCUGAGGCCAUGGAUGAUGCCUGGAAUUUGUAUGGUAGAGAAGUGAUGUCUGCAUUUAAUCUUUCUCAUUUCCCACUCAUUUAUGAUCUGGGAGUCCGCAGGUUGCAGGAAUUAGCUGUACAUCAGAUUGUAGGAAUGUUAUCUGCCUUGUUCUUUUCAAUUCUUAGAUCAGAGGAAGAGUUGCAAAGAUUCUCUGAUGCCAUGAAUGAUGCCUGGAAUUUGUAUGGUAGAGAAGUGAUGUCUGCAUUUAAUCUUUCUCAAUUCCCACUCAUUUAUGAUCUGGGAGGGGGUAGUGGCGCCUUGGCUAAGGAAUGUGUCUCCUUAUAUCCAAAUUGUAUGGUGACCGUUUUUGACCUUCCUAAAGUAGUGGAAAGAGCAAAGAAGCAACCUAUGUCCUCAGACAAAAGGCGGAUUACAUUCCAGGAAGGGGACUUUUUUAAAGACCCGGUUCCUGAAGCUGACCUGUACAUUUUGGCUCGGAUUCUGCAUUACUGGGAGGAUGAAAAGUGUGUGCAGCUGCUAACCAAACUGCACCAAGCCUGCAGGCCUGGUGGUGGAGUGCUAGUCAUUGAAAUGCUUCUCAAUGAGGACAGAUGUGGACCUUUGGAAGUCCACCUAUAUUCCAUGCUGAUGCUGGUUGUCAUGGAGGGAAGAGAACGGACUCCAUCUGAAUACAAGGCGCUCUUCACUGCUGCUGGCUUCAGGGAAGUUCAGCACGAGAAAGGAAGCCGCUACGGCAUCAUUCUAGGAAGAAAACAGUAGUGUCCCUGCUUCAUUCUUGUUCAGUGCGUAAAAUAAGCUAAAAUAAUAAAACU